AUUCAAUACAAUCUAUCUCUUUUACUUAAAAAAAAUUAAAAAUGGUUCAACCAAGAAGUCCUUGCCAAAUUCUCUUGAUCAUUGUUCUUUGUACUGCACUGUGUUGGAGACCACUGAUGAGCUCUAUGUUGGAGACCGCUGAUGGGCCAAUGACUGUAGAUAAUAGAGAGACCACUGAUCCAAAGGAUUACUACUGUUGUAAAAGUUUUGAUAGGUCGUCAUGUAAUCCACAAGUUUGUAACAAUGACUGUACAAACAAAGGGUGCGCGGGUGGGAUUUGCAAAAAAGAGGGCACCUUAAAAUGUCAUUGUAGAUGCUAAAGCAUAUUGGGAUUUUCUUUUGAUUGGAAGUUGCAUGGUGAAAUAAAUAAUAUAAGAG